AUCAAUACCUCCUAAUUCGACUAGAACUCCAGUUUCUAAAUGUUGUAUAAAUUUAGGUCUAAGGUAUGAUGUGCUUAUAGUCAUUAUCACAGAAAAAUUCUUAAAAUCUUAGCAAAAGGUGUGGAGAGGUGAGGUUAAGAGCAGAAAAAAGUUCCAGAGAGUUGAAGAAAAGAAGACGAUACGCAUAGAAAAAAUUAAAGAAAACAAAUUUUGAGGAUCAAUUAUGGCUCCAAUCAAGUUGGUGAUUAAGUUGAAUGGUCGACCAAUUUGUAAGCGAAAAUUAGAGAUUGAAGAUCAUAAUGGGCUACAAGAGGAGAAAUCAUCUAAAAAGGUACGUCUUCUUGAUUCUGGAAACAAGGUUUAUGUGAUUAAGAUGAAUGGUCGGCCAAUUUGUAAGCGAAAAUUAGAGAUUGAAGAUCGUAAUGGGAUACAAGAAGAGAAAUCACCGAAAAAGGAGAAGUUUGUUGCGUCGGGAAAAACUUUGUUUAGUUCUUGAUUUAGAUCAUACAUUACUUCACUCGGUUAAGAUUUCGGAUGUGUCGUUGGAUGAACAGGACUAUCUCAAUAGUAAAUCAGGGUUAAUUACAUGCAUGAAGACUGUUGGGAGACAUAGCUUAUACAACCACAACGGAAGGUAUACAAGGUUAAGGCCUUAUGUGCGAGAUUUUCUUGAACAAGUAUGCCAGAAAUUCGAGCUUUACGUUUAUACCAAGGGAGAACGGUGGUACGCUAAAGAGGUGGUUAGAUUGAUUGAUCCUAAAAGUGUUUAUUUUAAGAACAAAGUGAUUUCGAAAGAUGAUUCUACUGUCAGAAAUCGAAAAAAUCUAGACGUGGUUUUGGGAGCAAAUGCAACUAACACGGUAAUUAUGGACGAUACGGAGUCAGUCUGGAAAGAGCACAAAGAUAACAUAAUUCGCAUCAACAAAUUUAAUUAUUUUUCAUCAAGAAACGGCGGUGGACAUCGGUUAAACAUGGAUAAUGAUGAGUUGGAUGAAGACGACGGUGCCCUCAAAAGAAUCUUAGAAGUUCUGCAGCGUGUUCAUGAUAAGUUCUUUGAAGAGUUCCCAGCCAAGAAUGAUGUUAGACCAGUGUUGAAAGCGGAUAUUAUCAUAUGGACUUCUUUGCUUCUGGGUUCUGGGGAGCUGCUAUAAUAGGCUUAAUCCAAGGAAUGCAGUAUUGUUAUGUUUUAGGAUUCAUUCUUUUGAGGACCCAAGUUGCUUAAGCCAAGGACAAUCAAGCAAUGACUUAUCCUGUACUGUUGCAGCUUCAGUUUGUCUGGCCUUCCAUGCUACAGUGAUUUGCACAAUUGAUGUUUUAUAAACAAGGAUUUCUUUGUGAGAAAACGAGGUUAUGAAUGCAACACACGCAGAAGCAAGUUAGUAUGUAUUGGAGCAAAAACAUAUUACUUGGUGUUGGUUUCAAAUGGUGGACCUAAUUGGGGAGUAGCAUCCAAGUGCUGGUUCUAGUUCUCAGUCUAAUUUUCUAUCAUCAUGACAUUGGAGAGAGAAGACAUACUUGGUAAUUUAAUGCUAGCUACAACAUUGAAAUUGGAGGGAGAAAUUAUCCGCGAGUAUGACAAGCAAAGGUGCACUUCUACACAUUUAUGGCGCGAUGGCCGUCUUACAUGUUUAGGGUGCCCUAGGCGGACUAGUUUUGUGGCUUUUUAUGAGUUACCAAAUCUGGAGAGAGCUAGAUAUUCAGAUUACAAGAAAUUGGUAUAUCUAAAGUGAUAAUUUGGAUUAUGUUAUACGGCCAAAUGGGGAAGAUUCUUUUUUAGCACUUUUUGGUUAAGUUUUGGGUUCGAAACUUGUAAUUUAGUUUAGCAUAAAUCUUCCCUCCCCCCACUUUAAUGACAGUAGAUGAAAACGGAUACCUCCGAUUUGUUGAAUUUUUAUUUCAUUAUUAAACGUUAGAUGAGAUGACUUUAAAAGUUAGCCAUCAGAUCUAGACGGGAAAUUUUCGUGUGAACUAUUCACAUGGACCACUGAAUUAUCGUAAUAUAAACGCUAUAAUUCUAUUCUUCU